AUGGACUACAUUCUCCAGUCAUUCUAUCGAGCAUCUGGUUGGAGUGAAGAUAACUCCUAUGAGAAUAUUGUGGCCACCAGUGAAGCGCUGAUAGAUUUCCAGAUACCAAAUGAUGUGAAGCUGUGUGUAGGCUCAAAGUCAUCAGAGAAUACAGCUACGCAGCUGACGUUGAGUAACAGUGGCUCUAUUAACGGGUCCUUGGCGUACCUCUACACUUCAGCACCAUUAAAGGACGUGCUUGGUACGAAAGAUUUGUCUCUACAAGAUGCCAUCAACGGAUACCGUGUGAUAAGACCUGUCUAUCCCCUUUCAAAACCCGUGAAAGUGGAUAAAUUUAGCCCUCAUACUCUCUACUAUGGAAGAAUGUACUUCCCUGGAUCUGCAUUAGAGGCAAUGGUCAUCAAGAGAUGGUCAAAGACAUCCCAACUAUUGGUGAAAUGUGUAAGUAGCGAUAAGUUGAAGAACAAUGGGACAAUGACCUUUUACUGGCAGAGAGACACUGGUAGACUGUCACAGGAGUAUAUAUUCUCCACGAAUGAGGCACUCUUAGGGUUCAGAUGCCUCUACAAUUUUAGCCAAGGUGCAAAGAGGCUCAAUACCGCACUGUACAACAACUCAUCACUUUCCGUUGGAACGGAACUAUGGUUUGGUACUGCAAAUAUGAGUCCUGGAGUAUCUACUGCUCUGAGAUACUCUACACAAUCAACCUAUACGGGGAAACCCUUGACAAUGACAUUGGCAUGUAAUCCGUUACUGGGUCACAUCUCAUCAACGUACAGUGUAAAGACAAGUACAAACUCCACAUUCUCAUCACGUUAUGAUUUCAACAUUUAUUCAUACGAUUCCAACUUGUCGUUUGGGUGUGAGCUCUGGAAAUCUAGUGGUAAAACCUCAGUGCUUCCCCUGAAGAAGAUUGACCCAUCUUUGAAACCACAUGCUAAACACUCAAAUAGUGACCAAACAGUCAUCGAGGCAUUUGAAAGCUUAGUUAGAGACACUGAUUAUUCCAGUGUGAUCAAACUGAGUACUUCAUUGAACGACCGAAACAUCAGAUUCAUGUGGGAGGGAAAGUUCAAAGAGUUUUUACUUUCUGCAGGAACUGAGCUUCGAAUGAACGACAAAUCCUUAGAGACGGGAAGAUAUGGACUUCAGAUACAGUAUUCAUCGUGA